AUGUCUUCAUUGAAACUUGUUCUUGAAGUACCUCGACUUGUCUGCAUGCCGAGGAGCUCAUCGUCCACUAAAACCAAGACUGAGGCUGAAACUGAGAUAAAUUAG